CUUUCUGCCAGAACACUCACAACUCGCCUCAACUUCGAUCUUGAUCCUCAUCCUCCACUGACGCAAACGCAAACGCAAACGCGAGCGCGAGCGCGAGUCCCCGUGCUGUGAUCCCUACGCUCACGCAGACUUGCGUGAUUGCCUCCUUGACAACAUGCCGAAGCGCCCUCGAACUACGGACAGUGCGGCCUCCUCCUCUUCCACUUCGCGCUCCCACUCCUUCUUAUCCAGAAGACCUGCGACGAGCACCAGCACUUCCAACAUCCCACCCGCUGCCACGAUGGCAUCCACGCUGUCGGGCGGAAGCUCAACGAUGAUCUAUCAGCCUAAUGUGACUUGCAUCGAGGAUGCUCACGCUGCUCACCACAGGCAGAGCAGAACAUCCGAUGUCAGUCAUUCUCGGUCCGCCUCCUCCACCUCUUCCACCUCGCCCAACUCCACCACUCGAUUCUCCAAAGCUAGUCGAUUCGUUCAUGGUCUGCAGACUUUUGUCGGUGGACUGGCGAUGAGUCAACCUCGCUUCGGUUCCGCGUCUGCCCAUCCAUCAUCUCAGACAUCCAUCUUAUCUUCCAACGUGUCAGGCGCAGCUUCCUCAGCAGCUUCAUCGCCAAGUACGAGCGCGUCUGGACCGUCAAGCGUCAUUUCCAACGAAAAUGCACAUCAGCUUGGCCUCGCACCGCCGCUUCAACCGCAUCAAAAGGCUGCUGCGUUGUACCACCAAGAAGAUGUCCACAAGGCUCCAGCUGGCGUCUCACCGGGAUGGCACGUCGGUGGAGUGGAGAAUGGUAUGCAAGCAUGGGCUGCGACGCCGCUCAAGGACGACGAUGGAUGGUCUCCCUUGCAAAGUCUCAUGGCUCAGAGAGCGGCCGAGCAAGCUGUUUACGAAGCAGCAGCAGCUGGACAUUCUGCGUCUCAUGAAGGUCAAGCGAUGGGUGCGCACCACAAUGAAACCAUCUUGGAAGAGACGCCGCGCACAAGCAUGAGUGUGGAUGAUGCGGACUGGAGAUUGCACGCGCGAAGCGAUAGCCACAGUCAUCUCAACACUUUGCCGCCUCUACGCAAUCUUGGAGCCAGCGCUGCUGCUUGCGCUGCCGGCAGCUCGGCUCACGCACAGGCUGGUCGCGCUCAGCCCGAAGAAGGUCACGCAGCUUUAGUCAGCCCAGCACCUUUGCUUCAGCACGCCCAGGACAUGGAGCGCGAGGCAUCUAUGAGAUCCUUCGCCACAGACUCUAGCAACGAUAGCGUUGCGAUCGAGGGCGAGUACAUUCGAAAGGCUUGCCAGAAUGCCAAUCAAGCAUCCAAGCAUCCCCAACAGCAACAACACGCACAGCAGACGCGGCCGCAUGCAGUCGCGCAUCAUCAGCAGCAGCAGCAGCACCGCUGGCCGGUCGCUAGCCGACCAGCUCCGCCUCCACCCAUUGCACCGACUUCACCGUCCCACUCCCAGACGCCCUUUUCUCCCGUUUUUCAACAGCGACCCCAGUACUCGUUGGAGGAUUUCGAGAUGCUCGAGACGCUCGGAACGGGCACCUUUGGGCGCGUCAUGCUCGUUCGGCUUCGACACGCUCAUCCUAGCCGACCUGAAGCCUACUUUGCCAUGAAAGUGCUGGCCAAGACGGAAGUGGUGCGGUUGAAGCAGGUGGAGCACAUCAUCUCGGAACGAGCCAUCCUGAGCCAAGUGGACCAUCCGUUCGUGGUCAACUUGUUCUGCACCUUUCAAGAUUCGAAGAAUUGCUACAUGCUCAUGGAGUACGUCAUUGGUGGCGAAAUCUUUUCGCACUUGCGAAGAGCUGGCAAAUUCUCUCCCGACGUGACUAGAUUCUACAUUGCUACGCUCGUGCUCGCCAUCGAUCAUCUUCACCAACAAAAGAUCAUCUACCGCGAUCUUAAACCGGAAAAUUUGUUGCUGGACUCGCGCGGAUACACCAAGAUCACCGACUUUGGCUUUGCGAAGCGCGUCGAUGGGAGGACAUGGACGCUGUGCGGCACGCCCGAGUACCUUGCUCCAGAGAUUAUCGAGAGCAAAGGGCACAGCGCAGCUGUGGACUGGUGGGCUCUGGGCAUUCUCAUGUACGAGAUGCUAGCCGGAUUCCCGCCCUUUUUCGAUAAUCAUCCGUUUGGGACGUACGAAAAGAUUCUGAAAGCGCCGCUCGUCUUUCCCUCGCACAUCGAUGCGGUGUCUCGCGAUCUGAUUCGGCAAUUGCUGAAUCGGGAUGUAUCGAAGCGGCUGGGGAAUCUGCGAGGAGGCGCAGAGGAUGUCAAGAACCACUUUUGGUUCCACGGAGUGGACUGGAGUGCGCUCGAGGCGGGCCAGCUGCAAGCUCCCAUCAUACCUAGGAGGAGCAAGGUGGGGUCUACGGAAAAUUUCAGCAAGUACCCGCCGCCCAAUCCGGACUCUAUGCCGGGCCUUCGAGGCAAGGAAGCCGAUAAGGCCGACCUUGCCAAGGAUCCUUUGGCGCACCUCUUUACCGCCUUUUGAAAAUGCUGCCUUUUGCUCCGACCCGCGCGCGCGCUCCUCCUAGGAUUACUCGAAAUGUACAUUGCAUCGACCUACUUCCGCCCGGACGGAGAGGGGCGACCAUUGCGCGCUGCCCAUCCGUUUCAGAUCAGAGUUCCCCCCCCACAAUGGCGCGCGUCACUUUUCUCUAUACACACACACACUCUCUCUCUUGCCUUUUUUCUUUGGAAGACUUCUUACACGCGCCUCACACGAACUCCUGACCCGUCUCGCAUCUUGUGUUGUAGAAUCUAGUCGCGCAUUCAUGGAUCCGCAAAAGGCCGAGGGUGCGAUCGCGUGUUUGCAUUUCCUUUAGCAUGCCAGAGAAGCCCGGAGGAGA